GCUCCCAGGCCACUCUCCCUAACUCAUCUAAGUUCCGGAAGCCUCUGCAAAUGCAGCUCCUGGGGCUGCUAUCUUAUUAAAAUGUCAACAUUUUCAUCUUCAUCUGCCUGGGACAACAUCAUAGAUCAUAUUUCUCUGAGCUCGAUAUGGAAUUGGCUACAAGCAACUCUGGGAGAGACUAGUGCACCUCAACAAACAAAUUUGGGUCUACUAGAUAAUUUUCCUCCGGCUGUGCAAGUUAUCCUGGGGAUUUUCUUUUUGAUUUUGUUGGCAGUAGGACUAUAUGCCUUAUGGAAACGAAGUAUUCGGUCAAUUCAGAAAAUAUUGUUGUUUGUAAUCACACUCUACAAACUUUACAAGAAGGGCUCAGAUUUUUUUCAGGCUUUGCUGGUCAACCCAGAAGGGAGUGGUCUCCCAGGUCAAGACAAUAAUAAUUUUUUCCUGUCCUUGGGUCUGCAAGAGAAAAUUUUGAAAAAACUUCAGACGGUGGAAAACAAAGUGAAGGACCUGGAGGGGAUGAUCAUAUCCCAAAAACCUUCCAUGAAGAAGGAUUGCUCCUCUGAGCCCUACUGCAGUUGCUCCGACUGCCAGAGUCCCUUGCUAACAUCUGGGUUUACUUCCACAUCUGAAAUGUGAUGGACUCCAAUCUUUUCCAGAAAAGCACUGUUUCCCUCAUGUGUGCAGUGGUGUGUCAAUAAAGAUAGAGAACUAUAUUGAAA